CAGCGCGCCGGUUGUUAUCUGCUUCCGUGUUGGUUUUCCUCUAUACCAAAACAGCCAGACUGCCCUACAAUCCAAAAUUGUUACUUUAGUAUUAUAACAAUGUAACAAAAUGAGUUAAACAUGGUUACCAAAGUGUUUUUGUGUGCGAUCUUCUUAGUCGUGGAGAUCUACGGGGUUGCCAAAACAGAGGAAGACAAUUGCGACCUGUCGGGGGAAUGGUUGGAAUCUCUCAAGGUGACAAGAGAUAUUUGGAAAAUGGGGUUCCACAGAGAACUUGUUACCACCAUGGAAUGUGGUCGCCAGUCUCCGGAAAAGCUGCAUGCUUUGCUCGUGCAGAACCUGCCCAGAGGAGUGUUCGUCGAUCCAUACCAACUGGCAUCGCUACAACAGGACACAGGUUUACAGGCCCUUCUUCACUCUAAAGUUGAUCUGGAGGCUCCAGCUUAUGAGUCCAAUGGUUUAUCCAUGUUUGUAUAUCCCAAACGUGACCCGGGACGUCCUGGGCACCUCCAGGCUGUGCUGCCGAUCCAUGGCCGGUACCACCGGCCUUCUUCAGGACAGGGGUGGGAAAGGAUUGAAAUUGAACCCCCACGGCUAUUCCUGAGAGCCAAUGGCUGUGCACAACACUUGGCAGUGGCUCCACCUGUCCUUAUGGAUGCUCCCUGCAGUGGUCACAACAUGAGCAUGUGCAAAUGGAUGGAGGUCCAGCUUCCCCAGGUAUUGCAGGCCAGUGAGAAAGACCAGAGGCACAUCAGUCUGGAGCUCCCGGUGGGCGACUGGUCUUUGGCGGUACCGGUGUGUGGUGGCACCUUGCUGGUGACACUGCUAUGUUGUGUUCUCAUUGCAAAUGCUAUUCAGAGGCAUGGUUUUCAAUAGUCUUAUUAGUCUGUCACUGGAAAAUGUCCCUGUGGAAAAAAAUGAAAGUACCGGUGUAGUCCGCAGCCUCUCAGAGUGCAUGAAAGCUAAUGUCAGCCCACUCCGCUGGAAGAUAGACCACUGCCUGAUGUCACUGGCUUGCUGUUAUUGUUCAUUGGUAUGGGCCAAAGAAGAGACGACACCUGGAUUUUGAAUUGACGUCAGUUUGUUUUGGAGGGAGAGAUUGAUGAUUUUAUAGACUCUUUGUGGUUGUAAAAAACCUUGUUUUCUAUCAAACUUUUGAAAUGUGGAGCUGGAGUAGUGAUGUUGCAGGCAACAAUAAAUUUUCUUGUGA